CCAAAUUAAAAAAAGAAGUUUCUCCAUGAUUAGAACUCUGCAUCCAAAACCAGAAAAGCUGCCUCCCCAAUCUCUCUCUCUCUAUGUAGACGUCAAUGGCGAAUCUGUUUUUCGCCAUCUCAACGGUCCAGCCUAAACUUGCGUAACUGCCUCAUGCUCAUCACUAACUGUCUGGUUGAUCUGAGAUUGUGAUCGUUGGAUUUGGCGAGGGAUAAGAUUCAAUUGCACAUCGGAAGUGGUUGAAAUUUUGAAGAGCUGUUGUGGCUGCUUUAUUACCUUUUAGAGGAGUGGUUCUCUGAUCUGAGUUAUGCUUUUGAUUAUGGCUCAGUGGCUCCCGGAGGAAUGCUGAAUCUUGGCUCCUUUUUUAUGAUCUGGAUGGUUCCGGAUGAUAGGUUGUAGUAUUUGUCAUUCUUUGAUGUCCAGGUUGAAUCAAUAGCUAAUAUUUGGUGGUUUUAUUGGCUCUACAAUUGAGGGGGCUGGCAGAAUUUGGACAUGAGAAGCCCUUGGUUAAAAAAACUAACUCUGAUUUUUGGCCCUAGACCGCCGCUUAACUGGUUACUCUUGCUUCUUGUCAGCAUCAUUGUGUUAAUAGCUUUGUUGGGAUCAUCUUCUUCUAGUACUUUCGAUUCUGUUACCUCGACAGCAAAAGCUGACAUUUAUUCAAACUAUAGAAGGUUAAAGGAGCAAGCGGCUGCUGAUUACUUGGAGCUAAGAAGUAUUUCACUCGGAGCUUACCAUAUAAAGGAUGUUGGUCUUUGUAGCAAAGAUAGAGAGAACUAUGUGCCUUGCUACAAUGUGACUGCAAAUUUACUAGCUGGUUUGAAAGAUGGGGAGGAAUAUGAUCGGCAUUGUGAGAUUUCACGAGAUUGGCAGCACUGUUUAGCACGUCCUCCUAAGGACUAUAAGAUUCCUUUAACUUGGCCUUCAGGCAGGGAUGUCAUCUGGAGUGGAAAUGUUAAAUUAACCAAAGAUCAUUUCUUGUCGUCUGGAAGUAUGACAAAAAGGUUAAUGUUAUUAGAAGAGAAUCAAAUUGCUUUUCAUUCUGAGGAUGGAGUGGCUGACGAUGGUGUCAAAGAUUACUCUUACCAAAUUGCAAAAAUGAUGGGGUUGGGAAGUGACCAUGAACUUCUUCAAGCUGGUGUGCAGACUGUGUUAGAUGUUGGCUGUGGGUUUGGUAGCUUUGGAGCCCAUUUACUAUCCCUGAAUUUGAUGCCUCUGUGUAUAGCCGCAUAUGAGUCUUCAGGUAGCCAGGUCCAAUUAGUACUUGAGAGAGGGCUUCCAGCAAUUAUCGGAAACUUCAUCGCAAAACAGCUUCCAUUUCCAGCAUUGGCGUAUGACAUGGCUCAUUGUGCUCAGUGUGGAAUCCUAUGGGAUAAAAAAGAUUGGCUAUUCCUUAUUGAAAUUGACCGGAUACUCAAGCCAGGAGGUUAUUUUGUCUUAACCUCACCCGCAAGCCAGCGGCAAGGGAGUUCUAUCAGUACUAAGACUGGAAGUGUGUCAACUCCAUUUGAAGAAUUUACCAAGAAUAUCUGUUGGAAUCUUCUAGCACAGCAAGGAGAGACUUCCAUCUGGCAGAAGACUCUUGAUUCUCAUUGUGCAUCAAACACGCAAAGAACAGUGCCUGUUUGUAAUGGAGAGGAUUUUCAAACAUACUAUCACCCUCUUGCUCCUUGUAUUUCUGGGACAACCAGUAAUAGAUGGAUCCCAAUCCAUGUCGGAUCUAAGUCUUUAAACUCAAGUGACCUUCUAAUUCACGGUGUUCAUAAUGACGAUUUCUUUGAAGACUCGGAGUUCUGGAGAUCUUCAUUAAGAAACUAUUGGUCACUUCUUUCACCAUUGAUUUUCUCUGACCAUCCAAAGAGACCGGGUGAUGAGGACCCACUGCCCCCAUAUAAUAUGGUUCGUAACGUGAUGGAUAUGAAUGCACAUUAUGGUGGUUUGAAUGCUGCUUUAUCUGAUGCAAGAAAAUCAGCAUGGGUAAUGAAUGUUGUGCCACUGGGGAUGCGCAAUACACUUCCUCUUAUAGUUGAUCGAGGAUUCAUAGGUGUUCUACAUAACUGGUGUGAACCUUUUCCUACAUACCCCAGAACAUAUGACAUGCUUCAUGCCAAUGGACUCUUUUCACACCUUAGUUCGCAAAGCUGCAGUAUGAUUGACGUUCUUGUUGAAAUGGAUCGUAUUUUGCGGCCUGAGGGAUGGAUCAUUCUAUCAGACAAAGUGAGCAUCAUAGAGAAGGCCAGGGCAUUUGCCACACAGAUCCGUUGGGAAGCCAGAGUGAUUGACCUCCAGAACGGAAGCGACCGGCGCCUACUUGUUUGCCAAAAGCCAUUCCUCAAAAAAUAAUAUUUUUUUGUCAAAGAGAGUUUAGAUAUGAAAAACUGCAGCAGCAACGAGGUGAUCUUCGGUUAACACGGGUAAUUCUCUAGAUUCUCUCUUCUUCUUGAGAGGCAAAUUUUGUUCAAUGGAGUCUCUGUCAAAAACACUCCCAACUCACAGCUUUCACAUUGUGUUCCUAUGGAUGGGAGCCCAAAGAAGGUGGAAUUUUACCGUAGUAAUUUCUAAAUUUUGAAAGGUGUAGAUUGGAACUCCUCUUCAGAAAGUUAGCCCCAUCGCAGCAAUCGAUGGGGAAAAAAGUUUUUUUUUUGUUUUUUUUUUGUUUUUUUGUAUUCAUUCAUCCCCUUUUUUCUUCAUUUUUUGGUUGGGUUUGUAAGUGAAAUGAAUGCUUUUAUACUGA